AGGUGACUGACACCCUGCGGUGGACCAGCUGACUGUUAGCAGUUAGCCACUUAGCUUCUCUCUCUGUGUGUUUUGUUUGAUUGCUGUUAGCAGCGAGAUGGCGGCUCCCAUCCCGGCGCACAGACGCUCUGCUUUGCAUCUUUAACAGCGGCUCUCGGUCCCCACGGUGCCCCCUCACACUGAUGCAUGGAGCGGCCGUGUGGCGCUUUCUCCCGCAGCUGGAUGUGUGAUUCUGCUGGUUUCUGUUAGCCAGAGCAGCUACCGGCGGCUCGCUACCGACACUGCUCAGCGUUCACCGGGCAGGAUGCUGCAGUCUCUGGGCUAGCUAAACACACAGGUCCCUUUUAGACCCCCAGACUAGUCCCUGUUAGAGCCACAGACUGGUCUCUGUUAGAGCCACAGACUGGAUCACCAGAGGAGGAGGUUAAUUCACUCUGUUAAAUAAAACAGACGGAAUCUGUGAUCCCGUCUGAAAAAAAGCUAGCUAGCUAGCUUCAGUUGGCUAAUUAGCCUCAGGAGCUAGUUAGCAGGCCGAUGCUAAUCCUGAGCAGCUGUUAGCAAACCGGAGACUUGUAUUUUUUCGACUUAAUUUGGAUUUUUUUUUUCACCCCAUCACUGAGGACCGGGAGAGGAGCACCCUGACAGCAUCGUCAUGGCUUCCGAACCUGCGGUGGUGCAGCCCCGCUGGAAGCGCGUCCUGGGCUGGACCGGCCCGGUCCCGCGGCCCCGGCACGGGCACCGAGCCGUGGCUAUCAAGGAGCUAAUGGUGGUUUUCGGCGGAGGAAACGAGGGGAUCGUGGAUGAGCUGCACGUUUAUAACACCGCCACCAACCAGUGGUUCAUCCCUGCAGUGCGAGGCGACGUCCCCCCUGGAUGUGCCGCCUACGGCUUCGCAUGUGACGGGACAAGGCUGCUGGUGUUUGGAGGGAUGGUCGAAUACGGAAAAUACAGCAGUGACCUGUACGAGCUGCAGGCGAGUCGUUGGGAGUGGAAACAUCUAAAGGCCAAGGCUCCAAAGAAUGGCCCGCCCCCCUGCCCCCGCCUCGGACACAGCUUCUCUCUGAUUGGCAGUUGCUGCUACUUGUUUGGAGGACUGGCCAAUGACAGUGAAGACCCCAAGAACAACAUCCCCAGGUAUCUGAACGACCUGUACCGUCUGGAGCUGCGACCGAUCUCCAGCGUGGUCGGCUGGGAGAUCCCGACAACUUCAGGUCCACCGCCACCACCUAGAGAGAGUCACACGGCUGUGGUGGCAAAUGGUCGCAACGGCAACAGACUCAUCAUCUACGGAGGGAUGAGCGGCUGCAGACUGGGAGACCUGUGGGUGCUCCACACAGAUUCUCUGACAUGGAGUAAACCGGCCCUAAAUGGAACCGCCCCCCUCCCCCGCAGCCUGCACUCUGCCACCACCAUCAACAACAAGAUGUAUGUGUUUGGAGGUUGGAUUCCUCUGGUGAUGGAUGAUGUCAAAGUGGCGACUCAUGAGAAGGAGUGGAAGUGUACCAACACACUGGCCUGUCUCAACCUGGACUCGAUGUGUUGGGAGACCGUCCUGAUGGACAGUCUGGAGGAGAACGUCCCCAGAGCUCGAGCAGGUCACUGCAGCGUGGCCAUCAACUCAAGACUCUACAUCUGGAGCGGCAGAGAUGGAUACAGGAAGGCCUGGAACAACCAGGUGUGCUGCAAGGACCUCUGGUACCUGGAGACAGAGCGUCCCUGCGCUCCCUCCCGGGUGCAGCUGGUCCGAGCCAACACCACGUCUCUUGAGGUGAGCUGGGGUCCAUCACAGACAGCUGAGACUUACCUGCUGCAGGUGCAGAAGUACGACAUCGGCUCACCUGCCUCUAGCCCCGCCCCCAACCCCAUCCCCACUGCCACACCUGUGGCCAGCUCCCCCAAGACCCCUGCCCCCAUCACCAUGCCACCAGCUAACCAAACUGUCCCGCUGUCUGGCAUCACGCUGGUUCCCUCCCCCACUGCCUCCGUACCUGGAAGCCCAUUGGCUGCCGCUGCCAAAUCACCAGCUGUCCUGAGGAUGGCAGCAGCUCCAGGUGCAGCAGGCGGACCCUCCAUCGUCACAGUGAGACAGGCUGCCCCAAAGUCUCCAGUCACCGUGACGACACUUCCUGCAGGUGUUCGUAUGGUCGUACCCGCUCAGGCCGGUCAGGGGACGCCAACAGGAAGCAGUCCUCAGAUGAGUGGUAUGGCUGCACUGGCAGCGGCGGCUGCAGCGACCCAAAAGAUCCCUCCAUCCACAGCGACGGUGCUCAACGUCCCCGUUGGAGCAACUGUUGUAAAGACGGUGAGUAACCCGGCCACUAGAAUGCUGAAGACUGCUGCUGCUCAGGUGGGCGGGGUCCCUGUAGUCUCCACCCCCGGGACCGCCGGCCGACCAAUCAUCACAGUGCACAAGUCGGGCACGGUGACGGUGUCCCAGCAGGCUCAGGUGGUCACCACAGUGGUGGGCGGAGUCACAAAGACCAUCACACUCGUUAACAGUCCUCUCAGUGUGGGAGGGGGCGGGGCUCUGAUCGGUAACCUUGGUAACCUGGGGAAGAUGAUGUCCAUGGUUCAGACCAAACCAGUUCAGAGUGGAGCAGCUACUGGUCAGACUGUGGGCAGCCCAGUCACCCAGAUCCUCCAGGCGAAGGCCGGCCUCCCAGCAGGCACCAUCCUGAAGCUGGUGACCUCAGCAGACGGUAAACAAACCACCAUUCUCAGCACCGCCCAGGCUGGCGUCGCCCCGGCAACCUCCAAACCUGGGACUACCUACAUCAAGACCAUCCCAGUGUCAGCACUGCAGGGUGGGGCAGGUGCCAACAGUCCAAUCACAAUCCUGACCACCAAAAUGGUGACACCAGGUACUGCUGGGAAGAUCAUCACCACUGUCCCCAAGAUCUCUGCAGGCGGCCAGCAGGGGCUCACACAGGUGGUGCUAAAAGGAGCUCCGGGGACGCCUGGUUCGAUCCUCAGGACUGUCCCAAUGGGCGGAGUCAGACUGGUGUCACCGGGAGUUGGCGGUGCCAAACCCACCGUCACCACACUGGUUGUCAAGGGAACCACAGGUAUGUCCAGUCAGGGGACAGUAACAGGAAGUAUCUCCACCACAGUGGCAGGAGGAGCUGUUUCAGCUGCUAAUGCCUCCCUGGCAACACCCAUCACAACCCUGGCAACCAUUGCCACGCUGGCCAGCCAGGUUACUACAGCAACUGCAGCAGCGGGACAUAAACAGGUGACUCUGAUCACGACUCCGAGUGGUGCCGAGGCUCAGCCGCUGGUCCAAGAUCUGCCCGUCACCUUCAUGGCUUCACCUACCUCAGAAGAACCUGGAAGUACGACAAGUACUACUACGACCGCUACUGCAGCGGCAACCACGGGCGGCAGUGACAGAGUGUGCUCCAACCCGCCCUGUGAGACCCACGACACGGGAACCACCAACACCGCCACAGUCGCCACGGCAACCAUGGGUGGCAAUGACAGAGUGUGUUCCAACCCGCCCUGUGAGACCCACGACACGGGAACCACCAACACCGCCACAGUCGCCACGGCAACCAUGGGUGGCAACGACAGAGUGUGUUCCAACCCGCCCUGUGAGACCCACGACACGGGAACCACCAACACCGCCACAGUCGCCACGGCAACCAUGGGUGGCAACGACAGAGUGUGUUCCAACCCGCCCUGUGAGACCCACGACACGGGAACCACCAACACCGCCACAGUCGCCACGGCAACCAUGGGUGGCAACGACAGAGUGUGUUCCAACCCGCCCUGUGAGACCCACGACACGGGAACCACCAACACUGCCACAGUCGCCACGGCAACCAUGGGUGGCAACGACAGAGUGUGUUCCAACCCGCCCUGUGAGACCCACGACACGGGAACCACCAACACCGCCACAGUCGCCACGGCAACCAUGGGUGGCAACGACAGAGUGUGUUCCAACCCGCCCUGUGAGACCCACGACACGGGAACCACCAACACUGCCACCGUCGCCUCGGCAACCAUGGGUGGCAACAACAGAGUGUGCUCCAACCCGCCCUGUGAGACCCACGACACAGGAACCACCAACACCGCCACCACAGCUGGAGCGGGAGGACUUCGUCAGGUGUGUUCAAAUCCUCCGUGUGAGACCCAUGAAACAGGAACCACCAACACCGCCACCACAGCGACAGCUCAGCAGGGUGGAGACGGUCUGCAGGGAGACUCCGCCUCCUCCUCAUCUGACCCCGCCUCCUCCAUGUCUGACACCGCCUCCUCCACCACAGCCAGUCAGAGCAGAGCUGUUACCACGGUUACACAGGCCACACCCACCCCCGGCCCAUCUAUACCUGAGAUCUCCUCAUUGGUCAGGGCAGAGUCCUCUGAUGCUGUUGCCAUGGGGACAGCAGCAGCAGAGGAGGGGGAGGAGCCUAUGCAGAUGGCAGUCCCAGUGUUACAGGUUCACAUGGAGGGCAGCGCGGCAGCAGCACAGACGGACGGUCUCCCUCAGGAGCUGAUGUCAUCAGAAGGGGAUGGAGGUGAGGAGGUCUCCGGGGCUACGACCCUGAUGGUGACAGGACUGACCUCUGAUCAGCUGGCUGUUACCACGGCAACAGAGGAGGCAGUUCAGCAGGCGACCAUACGGGCGGUCCUGCAGGCAGCAGCACAGAUGGGAGGGGGGACGGUGGAUCAGUCCAUCCCCAUCGUUCUGACCCAGCAGGAGCUGGCAGCUCUGGUCCAGCAGCAGCAAGACAUCCACAACCAUCCAGAGUCAGAGCCAGCGGAGCAGAGCAGCGUGCCUACAGAGGGCCUUGCUCCAGCAGACAGCCUGAAUGACCCAUCAGCAGAGAGUACCCAGCUGACAUCAUCAGCAGUGACCAGCGCCGUGGCUCGAUUGGCCAGUACGUUUGGACCCGCCCCGCCUCUGACUUCAGGGGGCGUUAUCAAGAUUGAACCUACAGCCUCCGAGGUGACCAAUGGUGUCGCAGCAGCCGCAGGGAAGCAGAAGGUGACAUCAUCGGCGAAAGAAAGUCGCUGGUAUGACGUCGGCAUCGUCAAGGUUACCAACAUGGUGGUCACACAUUACUACGUCCCCUACGAUGACAACAUGGCCGACGAUGACUCAGGUGUGGUCCCAGACUACAGUCAGAUGAGGAAGGUGGAGCUGCAGCCGGGGACAGCGUAUAAGUUCCGUGUCGCAGGGAUCAAUAUCUGCGGCCGCGGAGCAUUUUCCGAGGUGUCGGCCUUCAAAACGUGUCUUCCUGGUUUCCCUGGAGCGCCGUGCGCCAUCAAGAUCAGCAAGAACCUGGACGGGGCCCAGCUGACCUGGGAGCCUCCUGCAGUCACAUCGGGGAGGAUCACGGAGUACUCAGUGUACCUGGCCAUCCAGUCCAGCCAGGCCACCUCCUCCGGCUCAGGUGCGGCCCAGCUGGCCUUCAUGAGGGUGUACUGCGGCCCCACCCCGUCCUGCCUGGUCCAGUCCUCCAGCCUCGCCAACGCCCACAUCGACUACACCACCAAGCCCGCCAUCAUCUUCCGCAUCGCUGCUCGCAAUCAGAAGGGUUACGGGCCGGCCACGCAGGUCCGAUGGCUCCAAGACAGCAGUAAAGACAACAAACCAGCUGUAAAGAGACCGGGAGCCUCGCCUGACGUUAAACCUGUCGGGCCAAAGAAGUUCAAAACUGACCAAUAGGAGGAGCCGCCGUUCUGCUGGGGACUGUGAUUGGUUAACGUUGUCUGAAGCCCCGCCCUGCAGCUGGUUCCUGUGACAUUGUGGAAGAGGUGGGGCUCUGACUGCUUCAAAAUAAAAGACUUGUAGGAUAUUUGUACAUUUUCAACCAAUCGGAACUUGACGUUUUCAGUCGUCAUGGAGAAGGUGAGGGGCGGAGCCAACAGCUUUUCACCCAAUAAAGUUUGAAUUUAUUAAAAGUAGCUGUAGCUGUCUGUCUGUCUCAGAUCCCACCCCCUGUGAUGUCAUGAUAAGGUCAUGUGGUGUCAGUGGGUGGAGUCUCUGCAGAGGGGCGGGGUUAAAACCAGCUCUGUUGUAAAUUAUUUUCUUUAUGUAGCAUCAAAAAAUAUUUAGUUUAUCCCUUUUUUUUUUUUUUUAUAAAUGUCUGCAAGAAAAGUGUUAUUAUUUCUUCUUCUGUGGUUUCUGUUUCUUCAUCUGUUGAUCGAGAGCUUGUUGGCCGCAAUGACGGAGCUCACCCAUUGGUCAGUUUGUCUGAGCAGGAAGUCAAACCUGUCGUUUGUGAAUAUUCUCUGGAACAAUAAAGAUUUUUAGAGCAUUUUUUUUUA